UCCUCAGUUUAGGGCACAAGACUUCAAGGAGUUUAUGGAGGCCAAUGGAAUCAAGCAUCAACUGACUCCACCCUACCAUCCUGCAUCUAAUGGACAGGUAGAGCGAAUGGUACAAGAGUUGAAAAAGAGCUUGAAGGUUCGACCAGCGGGAAGAUCGAUAAGUCAUCAAGUGUCUUCGUUCCUUCUACACUAUCGUACGACUCCACAUACUGCAACAGGCAAAACUCCUGCCGAACUGUUGAUCAAACGAAUACCAAGAACCAAGUUAUCUUUGUUGCGCCCAGAGGUAAGUGACAUUGACAGAGAUGAACAGAGAAUCAAGUUCGAGGAAGCUACCAAACGAUCAAGACAACUGGAUCCUGGUUGUAAAGUCAGUGUGUGGAAUCCACGUCAAGGUAGUCGUGGUAGGUGGUUGGUGGGAACCGUUGAACAACAGCUAGGACCAACCAGCUAUUUAGUGAAUGUGGAAGAACAUUCCAGGUACGUGCAUAUAGACCAAAUGCGUUGGAGAGAUCAACGGAGUGUACCAGAAACAGCUGAUGUAAGUGUACCAGAGAUAGAGGUGGAAGAGAUACCAGUACCAGUCAUUCCUGUAAAAGAGACAGGACAAGUAGUUCAAUCUACUAAACACAAGGACCAAGAUGAGGAGUCUACCUUGAUCUCCAAGAAAAUGUUAUCACCUCCAGAAGACCAGGAGAUUGAGACUCCCAGACGAUAUCCAAAGAGACAAAACAGACAACCACCAGCAAGAUAUCGUGAACAAUAG